UGACUAAAUCACUUGGAAGGAUUAAAUUCAAGGAGAUAAGAAGUCUUGUUGGAGUUGAGGAUGUGAGUGAGUUCAAGCUUAAGGGAGGAGAAUGUUGAAGUUAGCUUGAAAGACAAUUAAGAAAUAAGUUAUUUCUUUUUCCUAGGUAGAUUGUGAUCUAAAGAGAUAAGGAUCAUAAUAUGUUUUACAAUUAGGAAUAUGGUUUGUUUUGUGGUUAUAUAAGCAAUGUCAUGUGUAGACAUAUGCUAUGAGUUGUGUGAGUGAUUUUGAUAUUGUGAUUGAGAACUUGAUUGAAUAAGAGAAGGACUUCUUAUUGAUAUUGCUUGUGAGAUUCUAUAUUUCUAGAGUAUUGGAAGAUUGAAGUCAAGAUUUAGAGAAGUUUAGCUCGGGAUUAGAUGAUCCUGAGAAAUCAAAUCUAAACUUUAGAGUGAGUUUUAGCUUAGGACUAGGGUAUCUUAAAAGAUUCCUGUAAUAGAAAAUAUUGGUGUAAAUGCUUUCUUGUUCUACUGUAUUGGUCCUAUUGGAAAAGAAAAACUUGUGUCUUUUUUAUUUUCUGCAUUUUAUUACUCUCCAUUGCACUUAUUAGGAUCAUCUAACCACAAUACUAGACUAACAAACAUGCAUAUUAUACAUGGCCACUUAAGAUAAAAAGUAAAAUAAACAUAUAUAUAUAUAUAUAUACCGAUCCACUAGAGAAAAAGGCAGUUUUUAAGGAAAUAAUUUGAUUUUAUAUUGGUCAGGUUUCAAAAGAUUCAAGUCUAUGCUUUAUUUAUGUGGGGAUAAAGAAAAAGAGGAACAUACAACAUGGGAUCCAAAGUCCAAAGAAAGGUCUUUAUGGUGAAAGCUUAUUGACAAAGAAAAAAAGUGGUGACACACUUUACACUAAAUCCAAGUCAUUAGAUCUUAAAGAGCUUACAACAUGACGACAUGACGACAUCAACAACAUGCACCUCAUGAUCUCUUCUGCUCCUCUGCAUCUAACCCCAGUUACUGUCGUCAAUGUAAAUACAUGUACCGCAUAUUAAUUCAUAUGUGUGUGUAUCUCUUUCUCUCUAUAUAUAUCUAUGUGUGCAUGGUUCGAGUUAGAAACUGGAAAUCUAUUAAAACACAUAUAAGCUAUAAUGGGUGAUCUGCAAAUCGUGCCAGCAUACAACAAGGUGGAAGCACAGUACGUAGAAAUGAUGGUGCCAUUGUACUCUUACGGUUGUGAGAAGAAAAUCAAGAAGGCUCUUUCUCAUCUCAAAGUGAAAGUAGACUACUACAAACAGAAGGUGACUGUUUGGGGAAUCUGCAACAAGCUUGAUGUGUUAGCAAUGGUCAAAAAGAAGCGUAAAGAAGCUCGUUUUUGGAACGCUGAGGAGAAUGAUCAAGAGAGCGUGGAUGAUACCAUCGUCCAGAAAGAAGACACUGUUAAAACUUCGUCUGAUUCAGAUAAAUCAUCGGCGUUCUAUACGUAUUCACCGUCGUCUCCGAGGUUUAAGAGACCUCCUUUGUCACUCAUUAGAACAUCUUCCUUCACAUGGAAAGCUGUGAAGAAAGUCUUCUCUAGAUCCAUUUCCUUUUGAAUCACAUUUUCUUCUAUAUGAACCUAAUAAUGGUACGAGAAGUCACGUAUCUGUCAGUGUAUAAAUAUCAAAUAUUGUAGUUGAGAACACUCGUCAGCAACCAAUAUUUGAUGGUAGUUCAGUGGUCAUGGCUUUGUUCGUCUAUUAUAUGUUUAAAAUCUAUGUUUCUGGACAUGUUUCUUUCCUACUAUAUAAAAUAAGCAGUUCUAGUU